AUAAGGAAAACACUCAACAAAAACAAAAUCUAGUUUCAAGUAUAAGGGGUUUCUGUGAUUGUUGUAGUGACACUUGUUGACUUGAACAUCACAAAAAAAAAAAAAAAAAGGGUUACAUUACAAGAGAAACAAUGGAAGCAAGGAGGUCAUCUUCUAACUCCUUUAGCAGCGUAUUCAAGGCUUUUUUGUCAGGUGGAAGCAAGUACGAUGAGUACUGGGAAAACUGUGGCAGAAGAAUAUUUGCAAGUGAUGAAGACACGCAUUUGGUUGCUGAGUCUGGUAUUGAUAGAAAAGCCUCUGAUUUCAUUGCUAGAUACUAUGCCACACGAGCCACUGACUCUCAGCACCAUAUUUCAUCUUGAAAUUGCCUUAAUUUCCUCAUUGCUUCCCAUUCUUGAA